AAAGAGAGAGAGAAAAAAAGAAAAAAAGAGGAAAAAAAGGAAAAGUCUGUCUCUCUCUCUCUCAUCUGCGAUCAAUUGUGUUCUCACACUUUCCCUUGGUUUUCUCGGCGGCUUUCUCUCAUCUCCUUUUUCUUUCGAAUCGUUUAUUUCCAUUAAUUCUCUGGGAUUAAAUCUUCCUCUCCUUUCUUCAGACCCCUAUGUCGGACAAAGGUCGUCCCUUGCCCAAGUUUGGUGAAUGGGAUGUGAACGAUCCAGCAUCAGCUGAAGGUUUCACAGUCAUAUUCAACAAAGCUAGGGAUGAGAAGAAGACCGGUGGCAAACCCGGAUCACCUGGUAAAUCCACUGAUGGUCAUGCUAAGUCCGGAGGAGGAGGAGGAGGUGAUCCUAGUAAACCCCAGCCCAAAAAAUGGCUCUGCUGCAUGCAAUCUCCAGCUGUGGACUCCUGAAUGACACAAAGAUGGAUUUUGCUUGCCUCCCCUCCCCUAAAGAAAAGUCACAUUGCUUAGAGAUCUAAAGCAAUGAUAUUUUAUGUUUUUUAUUGUCUUUCUUGAAAGUACCCACAACAACAAAAAAAAAAAGGUUCCUAAGAUGAGUUUGGAGCAACCCACUUUUAGUAUCACGAUUAUGAUUCCAUUUUCUUUGAAAGUCGUUUGUUCUUCUUAAAAAAAAUGCUGUAAAAUCGUGUUGCCACUGUAUCUAUUAUGUAAUGCUUCUCAUAUGGGUCGGUUUUUUGGUUUCA